AUGCUUCUGAUGACAUUUGCUGGAGUUGAACCUGAUUGGUGGUGUACAUCGGAUGACAUGAAUCUCAGCCAAUGGAACAGGAGUCAUAUGAGCGGAAGCUAUCGGAACUGCUCUUGGGAAGGAACAUGCGACCGGAAGUUCAGCCAUGCCAUGGUUACGGCCGUCUCAGAGUGGAAUUUGGUCUGCGACCUGAGUUGGGUCAGCAACGCAAUAAUAUCCAUUCAGAUGAUCGGUGUGCUGAUCGGAUGCAUCAUCGCUGGGCACUGUGCAGACAAAUAUGGCCGGAAGAUCGUUUUCUACAGUGGAUUAAUUUUGCUCUUUCUUGGCAAUGUGGUAUCAGCAUUUUCCGUUUCUUGGACCAUCUUGAUGCCAGAAUCUGUCCGCUGGCUGGUUGUAAAAGGACGUCUGGACGAUGCGAAAAUAGUCAUCCAAAAGAUUGCGGAACUCAACAAGAAGCCAAUGCCGGACACGUCCAUCUUGGAGCUGAUUGCACAAGAGGAGAAGGCGGAGGGGGACAAAGCGAAGUCCUACACUUAUCUGGAUCUGUUUAAGACAAAGGAUUUAGGAAAGAAAACAAUAAUUACUUGUUUCUUAUGGCUCACUUGCUCGGGAUUAUACUAUGUUGUUGUCUUUGGCUUGAAGGAUCUCUCAGGGGACUUCUACCUCAACCUGCUACUGAUGACGCUCACUGAAUUCCCAGUAGCACCUUGUGUCCUACUCAUGUCGAGCAUAAAUAGUGACCUCAUGCUGCCAUUCAUAGCUUUGGGAAUCCUGGUUUCCCUCGCUGGUGUUGCUACCUUCGGACUUGAAGAGACAAGUAGCAAAGCCUUGGAAGACACAUUGCAAUCUUCUACACGGGACACUAAUGAAAAAGGACACCUAAUCCAAAAAGGGACAUCUAGGGAGUCAUGUGACAACGGAAAAUGA